CUUCCCCUUUCCUAAUGUCUAUGUCACUAUCUAAAGUUUUGUGAAAAUGUGUUUAAACUUCAAAUCUUAGAUGCUUAUCUCUCGGGAACAUGAUAAACACGCCUUUAAAUAUGAGAAUACGAUCCAUGAUGGCAGUAUAUAAGUCGAACUGUUGCUUACUUCUAUUCCAUCUUCUCUUGUCCUCUGGCAAUACAACUUAUCCUAAACUUGGGUGAACAAAAACACAUAAGUUAUAUCUCAACAUUAUAGCUAUCGGAAUCUAUUUCCUUCCGAAUCAUCUUCGACCGACACUCGAAUCCAGCUAUCUCGGGACUUGGCAGCUCUACUACUCAUAACCAAGAGUUACCCGAAUAUCAACACGCCAAUACUUCAUAAUAUGGAUACUACCGGUCCAGCCGAGGCGACUAACACGUCGCUCCAAAAGGUCAUCACAACACGCCAGUUCAUCUUUAUGGCCCUAAGUAGUUCGAUCGGGGCUGGCGUGUUGCUUGCUACCUAUUCCAGCCUAGCAGUAGGCGGACCAGGAUCACUACUUGUAUCCUUCGCCGUCGUGGGAUUCGCUGUAUGGAUCACCAUGUGCGCUCUUGGUGAACUCUCGGUUGCGUUCCCAGUUAAUGGCUCCUUCUACGAAUAUUCGGUCCGCUUUAUCUCACCGGCCUGGGGUUUCGCGAUGGGAUGGAAUUACGUUAUCAACUUCGUUCUCAUCGUCGUUUUCGAGCUGGUUGUCAUGCUGCUUUGCGUGAGAUAUUGGGACACGACUACACCAACAUACGGCUUUUUAUUAGGCUUCAUCGGUGCUCUAAUCCUCGUCAACGCCUUUGGCGCGAAAUGGUAUGCAGAGGCGGAGAACUUCUUCGCUGUAUGCAAGAUAGUUGUACUUUCGGGCUUCAUCAUUGCUGCCAUAGUUAUUCUUUGCAAGGGCGUCCCGGCCGACCACCGCCCCGCAUCAGAGCUCGGUAUCAAUAUAUGGAAGAAGGGCGCUUUCAAAAAUGGCAUAGUUGGAUUUCUUUACGUUUUCAUGGCUGCGGGUAUGGCAUAUGGGGGCACUGAAAUGCUAGGACUUACCGCGGCUGAAUGUGAGGAUCCUCGGAAAGUGAUGCCAUUGGCUUGCAAUAUCGUUCCAGUACGGAUCGUGUGGCUGUACUUGCUUCCUAUACUCAUGCUUGGGUUCGUGCUUGAGGUGCCCCUUACCGAGAGAAUACAGUCUGGUGGAAUCAGUCCGUUCGUUGCCGCGAUGACCACAGCUGGGCUCCCAGUCCUUGCCAGCGUUUUUAAUGGCAUUAUCAUCGUGGCCAUUUUCUCGAUGGCGAGCGCCAGCGUCUUUGCGUCGUCGCGAGCUCUCCAGGCUAUCUCGGCUAGAGGAAUGGGUCCCCCAGUAUUUGCGAAGAUUAAAUGGGGUCACCCGAUUUGGGCGCUGGCGCUUGUGUUUCUCGUCUCACUGCUGUCGCUUGUCAAAAUAGCGAAACAUGGCGACCGCGUGUUCGAUUGGCUUUUAGCCUUAGCAGCCGGGUCCAACUAUUUCACUUGGACUUCGAUCUGCGUCUGUCACAUUCGACUACGACUGGCUUUGCGUGCGAAGGGAUUAAAUGAGGGCGAGGUGCUCAAGUGGAAAUCGCCUCCUGGAAUUGUGGGAAGUGUGAUCGCUAUCGCGAUCUUCCUCUUUGGCCUUGCCGCCCAGAUUAUUGCGACGGUGCGGAGCCCACUUCCUCAACCGCCUCAUGUUCUCGCAAGUAUUCUGGGAAUUAUUGUUGUUUUCGUUUUCUGGUUGGGAUACACGGUAGUCAAACGAAGCGCACUUUUGAUUCCCCUGGAUCAAAUUGAUCUUAAGGUCAAAAUGGAGGAGUCAACUGUAGCCCUACGUGGAAGUGACGAUAUUGAGAGUGGUGCCGAAACCAUUGGGAGCAUUGAGGUCAGCAGCACCGGAGUUGCGAGUACCAGUGCAUAGGAUGAGACGGAUGGGAUGGACGGAUGAUGAUGAUGAGUGUUUAUGAACGGUGGCACCUACAGAAGCGUGCGUACGAAUGAUGGAUAAGCUGGCGUUGUCGGGCAAGAUGAGUAUUUCCGUUUGCAUUGUUAAAGAUAUAAGAGUUAUUUUUUACCAUUUGAGGUCUUUUAUAAUGUUGAAUAUCAAGUAGAGCGAAUGACAGAUUGAUAAGGUCAGGGUAAUAAUGAAGAUUGUACUAUUAAACAAAUAACAAGAUGGCGAUGGAAAUUGAAGAUUGAAUAAAAAAAGAUGUAGGAAUAUCGUAUGCUG